CUCCUGUUACUGCAGAGGUUUGCAAACGGCCCUCCCGAGGCAAGGCAGGAGCAGGACCCAAGCUGGGGCUGUCCUGAGUGGGGCCGCCCUGGCCGCUCUCCCUCUGGCCUGCUGCCUGCUGUUAUUCCUCUCUCUGUCUCAGAGAAGCUGCCAGCCAAGGCAGAGGCAGCCUCAUGUUUGUCCUUUGUCCCUCCUACUUGGUAGUUCUGAUACAAGGCCCAAUUGUCAGGGGCAGGAGAGACUGGCCCUGGGUGCAAGUGAGGCUUCUGGGUCACUUGGGUUUGCAGAGCCAUCCUGACCUCACUGCUGUGUGACUUUGGAGAAGCCCAGCCUUUUCCCGUGUCUGUGAAAUGCGGCACUUGGGCUGCUCGGGCCUCAGCCUGCUUCCCUCUGUGCGACUCAGCAGGUUUGAGGCUCAGGGCACGAGCUGUCCACAGCCCUGUCAUUUGGGCACCUCGUCCCAGCCCACCCCGGCAGUGGCCUCUGGAAACCCUUUCCCAGCUGAGCUGGAGCUCGUUUGCCCUCACCUUGCUCUCACCCUUGACCUGGCUCGCGGGAGCAUCUGGUCACAGCCUGGGGCAGCCACCAGCUCGUGGGGCCCUGUCCUGGAGACCAGGAGCCCGCUGGUGUCUAAGAACUGCCUGGGAGCCCCCGUCUUUCCAGCCGGACGGGCUUUAGCGGCUGCCCAAGCUGUCGCCUCAUCUUCGAGCUGCCCUGGCAGGGUGGCCAUGUGCGUGGCACUAGCCCUGGCAUGGAGUAGGCCGCCCAGGCCUGCGUCUCCGGCUCCCACAGGCUCGCGCCCUCUCUCUCCUGUCCCUCUUCUGCUCAGUUUUCCGGCAGCUCAACACAGCCAUCGCCGUGUCCCAGAUGUCCUCGGGCCAGUGCCGCCUGGCCCCACUCAUCCAGGUCAUCCAGGACUGCAGCCACCUGUACCACUACACGGUGAAGCUCCUGUUCAAGCUACACUCCUGUCUCCCGGCAGACACCCUGCAAGGCCACAGGGACCGGUUCCACGAGCAGUUUCACAGCCUCAGAAACUUCUUCCGACGAGCCUCCGACAUGCUCUACUUCAAGCGGCUCAUCCAGAUCCCCCGGCUGCCCGAGGGACCCCCCAACUUCCUACGGGCCUCCGCCCUAGCCGAGCACAUCAAGCCUGUGGUGGUGAUCCCAGAGGAGACCCCAGAGGACGAGGAGCCGGAGAACCUCAUCGAGAUCAGCACCGGGCCCCCGGCCGGGGAGCCAGUGGUGGUGACUGACCUCUUUGAUCAGACGUUUGGACCCCCCAAUGGCUCCUUGAAGGACGACAGGGACCUCCAGAUUGAGAACUUGAAGAGGGAGGUGGAGACGCUCCGCAGCGAGCUGGAGAAGAUCAAGCUGGAGGCCCAGCGCUACAUCUCGCAGCUGAAGGGCCAGGUGAACGCGCUGGAGGCCGAGCUGGAGGAGCAGCGGAAGCAGAAACAGAAGGCCCUGGUGGACAACGAGCAGCUCCGCCACGAGCUGGCCCAGCUGAGGGCCGCGCAGCUGGAGGGCGAGCGGAGCCAGAGCCUGCGCGAGGAGGCCGAGAGGAAGGCCAGCGCCACGGAGGCGCGCUACAACAGGCUGAAGGAGAAGCACAGCGAGCUCAUCAGCAUGCACGCGGAGCUGCUCCGGAAGAACGCAGACACAGCCAAGCAGCUGACGGUGACGCAGCAGAGCCAGGAGGAGGUGGCACGGGUGAAGGAGCAGCUGGCCUUCCAGAUGGAGCAGGUGAAGCGGGAGUCCGAGCUCAAGUUGGAGGAGCAGAGCGACCAACUGGAGAAGCUCAAGAGGGAGCUGGAGACCAAGGCCGGGGAGCUGGCCCGCGUGCACGAGGUCCUGAGCCACACAGAGCAGAGCGGGUCGGAGCUGAGCUCGAGGCUGGAGGUGCUGCGCGCAGAGAAGGACACGCUGAGUGGGGCCGUGCAGCAGCGGGAGGCCGAUCUGCUGGCAGCCCAGAGCCUGGUGCGUGAGAAGGAGGUGGCGCUGAGCCAGGAGCAGCAGCGCGGCUCCCGGGAGCGGGGCGAGCUACAGGCGCGGCUGGCAGAGAAGGAGUUGCAGGAGCAGGGGCUGCGGCAGCAGCUGCUGGACGAGCAGUUUGCGGUGCUCAGGGGCGCUGCUGCGGAGGCCGAGGCCAUCCUGCAGGACGCCGUGAGCAGGCUGGACGAUCCUCUGCACCUGCGCUGCACCAGCUCUCCAGACUACCUGGUGAGCAGGGCCCAGGCUGCCUUGGACUCCGUGAGCGCCCUGGAGGAGGGCCACGCCCAGUACCUCCCCUCCUUGGCAGAUGCCUCCACCCUGGUGGCAGCCCUGACCCGGUUUUCCCACCUGGCUGCGGACACCAUCGUCAAUGGCAGUGCCACCUCCCACCUGGCCCCCACGGACCCUGCUGACCGCCUGAUCGACACCUGCAGGGAGUGUGGGGCCCGGGCCCUGGAGCUCGUGGGGCAGCUGCAGGACCAGCAGGCUCUGCGGCGGGCACAGCCUGGCCUGGUGCGGAUCCCCCUGCAGGGCAUCCUUCAGCUGGGCCAGGAGCUAAAGCCCAAGAGCCUGGAUGUGCGGCAGGAGGAGCUGGGGGCCAUGGUGGACAAGGAGAUGGCAGCCACGUCUGCGGCCAUUGAAGAUGCUGUGCGAAGGAUCGAGGACAUGAUGAACCAGGCCCGCCACGCCAGCUCGGGCGUGAAGCUGGAAGUGAAUGAGAGGAUCCUCAACUCCUGCACAGACCUCAUGAAGGCGAUCCGGCUGCUGGUGAUGACGUCCACCAGCCUGCAGAAGGAAAUCGUGGAGAGCGGCAGGGGGGCAGCCACGCAGCAGGAAUUUUACGCCAAGAACUCGCGCUGGACUGAAGGCCUCAUCUCAGCCUCCAAGGCAGUGGGCUGGGGAGCCACACAGCUGGUGGAGUCAGCUGACAGAGUGGUGCUUCACACGGGCAAGUACAAAGAGCUCAUUGUCUGCUCCCAUGAGAUCGCGGCCAGCACUGCCCAGCUGGUGGCAGCCUCCAAGGUAAAGGCCGACAAGCACAGCCCCCACCUGAGCCGCCUGCAGGAAUGCUCCCGCACCGUCAACGAGAGGGCAGCCGGCGUGGUGGCCUCCACCAAGUCAGGCCAGGAGCAGAUUGAAGAUAGAGACACCAUGGACUUCUCUGGCCUGUCCCUCAUCAAGCUUAAGAAGCAGGAGAUGGAGACUCAGGUGCGUGUCCUAGAGCUAGAGAUGACACUGGAGGCCGAGCGCAUGCGGCUUGGGGAGCUGCGGAAGCGGCACUACGCGCUGGCCGGGGCAGGGGCAACACCCAGUGAGGAGGAGCCAGGCCGGCCCAGCGCCGCCCCUCGAAGUAUGACCACCAAGAAGCCACCCUUGGCCCAGAAGCCCAGCGUCGUCCCCAGACAGGAACACCAGCUCGACAAAAAGGACGGUGUCUACCCGGCUCAACUCGUGAACUACUAGGCCCCCCAGGGGUCUGGCAGGGCAGCUGGUGGACAGGCCUGGGCCUCCAGUGGCCGAGGGGCCUCACCCCCUGCACCUGGUGGCCAAGCCCCCAGCCUGGGUCAGUGUCCUCAAGGUCCCUGGCCCUCACUGAGCCCGGGUCAUGCAGAUGGUUCUUCUGGAUUCGAGUCUAUUUAUCUGCAGAAGGAGCCUGGGAGAGCACCUGGGACCCAGGAGGCCUGAGCCACAACUCUUCAGGAAAUAUAUGGAACAUUUUUAAUAUUCUGAGUUAGAGCUUUUCUUCUAAGUUGAUAGCACACUGGGAAACAGGGCUACUGGAGGGGCCCCCUGCCUUCUGGACUUGCUGAGACCUCCUGUCUGCCACCUUCUGUGGGGCCCUGAUUCCACAUAGGCCCUCAGGCCAUGUGGUCUCAGCAGAUGAGGCUCUGGGAUGGGCUGGAGGGGUGCUGCCCGCUUCUUGGGGCAACCCUAGAGCAUCCCUCCUGCAAGCCCCCCCAGAAGGAGGUCGGAAGUGGCUGCUGUCUGGGGAGCAAGGCAGGGAGGUGGCAGGAACCCCGAGCCUGCAGGCAGCCCAGCCUUCCCUCCUGGGGUUUCCACUUCUGGCUGGAAUCUGCAGCCACCCUCUGUUUCCUGUUUUCCCUUCCCCUGGCCUGGCUGGCCCUGCCCUGCAUUCUCCAGCUCAGCCAGAAAAAGCCCAGAAACCCAUCAGGGUGGUCUGGGGCUGGGGAACGCUGGCCUGCCUUUGUUUGCCGCUGUCCAACUUGAACGAAUGUGUUCCCUGAGCCGAAGGGAGUGGCUGCAGGGGUGGGGACCAGGCUGGGAGGGCAGAGCCAGCACUAGGCUGGACCAGCACCCUGCCCUCCCACUUGGCCCUGUGCAUACUGGGCACAGUUUGGGAGGGGCAGAGCUGCUUCGUUAGUACUUCCUCGUGUUGAAGUGUUCCGUUGGCAAUAAAAUGCACUUUGACUGUUGUCACCAAUGCCCCAGAGUGAGGGGCUGCACCUGGCUCAUUUCUCCAGGGGUACGUGCUGGUCACCUCACCAGGCUCUGUCCAGGUACUGGGUAGGGGACCCUGUAAUUUCUGCAGGUAAC